UGUGUGUGUGUGUUGGCGUUGAUUUUGCUUGCAGCACUCAUUUGCUGCAAGAGGAAGAUGGCUGACGCUACAGAGGUGGACGCAAAUGAACUCAGCAAAAAGUCUGGUCAUUGACUGGUGUAGCACAGUAGGUCAUCCUGCCUCACCAUGCUGACUCUGGUGGUCAGAACUGCCAGGCACCAGGUGUGCCAAGCCUUUGGGGUCAGGGCUCAGGGGGUAAAGUUCGCUCUCCCCAGUGCAGCGUCAGUCCCAGCUUUAAUUCAGGGGAAUCGCUGGCGAGGUGACAAAAGUGAGCUGAAGAGGCGAAUGAAAGCUGAGAAGAAGGCAUCUGAGAAGGAAGCCAAAGUCAAAGUGCAGGUUGAGCAGAAGGAGACCAAUGGCCAGGCAGAUCAGAAUGCAGAUGAGGAGACCCUGGACCCUAACCAAUACUUUAAGAUCCGCACUCAAGCCAUCCAGGCUCUGAAGGGCACGGCAGAGGACCCAUACCCUCACAAGUACAAUGUAGAUCUGUCGCUCACAGAGUUCAUUGAGAAAUACAACCACCUACAGCCUGGAGACCAGCUAACAGACAUUGUCCUCAAUGUAGCAGGUCGUGUCCAUGCCAAGAGAGAGUCUGGGGCCAAGCUAAUCUUCUAUGACUUGCGAGGGGAAGGCGUCAAGCUGCAAGUUAUGGCAACCAACAGGAGCUACAAGUCUGAGGAGGAGUUUGUGCGCAUCAACAACAAGCUGCGGCGUGGUGACAUCAUUGGUGUUCGUGGUAAUCCAGGGAAGACCAAGAAGGGCGAACUGAGCAUCAUUCCCAUAGAGAUGACCCUGCUUUCACCUUGCUUGCACAUGCUGCCCCACCUACACUUUGGUCUCAAGGACAAGGAAACACGAUUCCGUCAGCGAUACCUGGAUCUGAUUCUCAAUGACUAUGUGAGGCAGAAGUUUGUAACACGUGCCAAGAUCAUCACUUACCUCCGCAGCUUCCUGGACGGGCUGGGAUUCCUGGAGAUUGAGACGCCCAUGAUGAACCUGAUUCCUGGUGGGGCUGUGGCCAAACCCUUUGUGACCUACCAUAAUGACCUAGACAUGAACCUUUACAUGAGGAUUGCUCCUGAGCUCUACCACAAGAUGCUUGUGGUUGGGGGGUUUGACAGAGUGUAUGAAAUUGGACGGCAGUUCAGAAACGAAGGCAUUGACCUCACCCACAAUCCAGAGUUCACCACCUGCGAAUUCUAUAUGGCCUAUGCAGAUUACUAUGACUUGAUGGAUAUCACAGAGAAGCUUCUCUCGGGGAUGGUCAAGCACAUCACUGGAGAGUACAAAGUGAAGUAUCAUCCAGAGGGUCCAGAGGGCCCGACCUAUGAGAUCGACUUCACUCCUCCCUUCAGGAGGGUCAGCAUGACGCACGACCUGGAGAAGGAGAUGGGCGUCAAGUUCCCAGCUGCUGACACCUACGACAGUGACGAGACCCGUACAUUCUUUGAUGAACUGUGUGCCCAGAAAGGAGUGGAGUGCCCUCCUCCUAGAACUACUGCCCGCCUCCUUGACAAGUUGGUGGGAGAUUUCCUGGAAGUCACGUGUAUCAACCCCACGUUCAUCUGUGACCACCCACAGAUCAUGAGCCCCCUGGCCAAAUGGCACCGGUCAGAGAAAGGCCUGACGGAGCGUUUUGAGCUGUUUGUAUUGAAGAAGGAGAUCUGUAAUGCCUACACUGAGUUGAACGACCCUAUCAGGCAGAGGGAGCUCUUUGAGCAACAGGCUAAGGCCAAGGCAGAGGGUGAUGAUGAGAGCAUGUCCGUUGAUGAGACUUUCUGCACGGCACUAGAGUAUGGCCUGCCACCAACUGCUGGCUGGGGCAUGGGCCUUGACCGUCUUACCAUGUUCCUCACAGACUCCAACAACAUUAAGGAGGUGCUGUUCUUCCCUGCCAUGAAGCCUGAUGACAACAAGACAGCCCCUCUCACAGAGGGCACCUCUGUGUAGUAUUGUGACCUCGCCUGCUGGCAGAUCUCUGCAGGGGUUGGCAUGGUGAUGAAGCCUGGGUAAAUAAUCUGAUUGGUCUGUUGGUCUCACUGUGUGUUCCGGUGGUGUUGAAUGUUAUUCAUUUUAUCAUAUGGUUUGAAUGUUACAAUCUGCAUUAUUAAGGGAAAUAAGUUACUUUUAAAAAUUAUUUUUCCACCUUUACAUAGUUGAAACAUUCAAUUGUGUGCUGUUUUGCCUUGUAUUACUUUGCGGUUUUGUCUCUUUUAGAGUGGUGGACAUCCAAGCCCAAUGUAAUGUCAGUGAAUGAGGGUUUCUGGACAUGUUAGUGUUGUGUUAUUGUAUGCCAUACAGUCAACGACUUAUUUUUACAAAUUCUAUGUUCACCCAUACAACUGCCAUUGUCACAAUAAUAAAAUGACAAAAGUGAAUCUGUA